AUGUCAAAUCACGAAGAUACGCAAUGUCUGCCCUGUGUGAGCGAAAACACGGACGAUAAUAACGCGCACACAGAAGACAUACAACCCGUCAGCGAAACGACGGAUACCACCAUCAACCGGAGCGCGCAGAUACAAGGCCUUAAAGGAGAAAGAGCGCAAGAGAAAUCCAGCGUUACGCGUUCUAUAACAAAGCUAAACAAACUAAUAAAAAACCGGGGGAGUCGAACGCUAAUCAGAGCUUUGGUCACAAAAAUAGAAAACCAAGUCCAGAGCGCGGAUUCCUGUAACCGCAAGCUUUACGAACUUCUACCCGAACAGGAACAGGAAUCUAUCGAGAAAUGGUUCGUGGAAAUGGCCGAAAAGGCAGACGAAACUGUGGCAAAAGCAUACGAACACCUUGACGAACGCGAAGAUGAACCCCCCUCCGUCUCGGGAUUAGGCACGCACGCAAAAUCGACCACGUCUUCUACCUCGAAACUUUCAGCAGGAGCAGCCGAAGCCCGACGAAAAGCGAAGCUUGCGCAACUGAAAACCAAACAAAUAGAAGAUGAAUCGAUGCGGCGAAAGGAACUUGAGCGCAUCGAAAGAGAACGACUUGCUAAGUUCGAACAAGCCAAACUCGAGCACGAUCGUCUUGCCAGAGAAGAAAGCGAGAGGCGUCGCAUACAAGAAGCGAGAGAUCAUGCGGCACAAGCCGAACUUGAGGCUAGAUUGAUCGAGGCUGAGGCUGAAACAAACGGUUCUGGUAGUUCAGACGAUUUGAAGAAAAGACUUUGCGAUUUUAGCGAGGAUUAUCGAACUCCUGCUGAGACCGGAAAUAAGAUACGGUAACUCGGAAAUAAGCUGUCGAGAGUCGGAAAUAGGCUGCCGGAAGUCGGAAAUACCCCCAAUCCAAAGGUGAUAAACUAUAAUAAAAACACUAACGAAUUAAGCGAACUUUUUCGAGAAGAUCCAGAGGAAAAGGCAAAAUCUACCGCUUCAUGGAUUGCCAAUCUACCAUCGACGACGAACGAGAAUCGACGUACCGAACCAAUGACCGCACCUAUAUCAUACCACAAAUCUAUACCAAAACUUACGCUUACGAAGUCCGACGGUGAUCCUCUAAAGUGGACAGAUUGGCUCGGUAUGUUCGAAGCAAUCAUUCACCGGUCGGAGAUGUCACCCUUCGAGAAAAUGACCCACCUUCAACAGAACGUUGUCGGAAAGGCGAAAUCCGUAAUCGCCGGCUUUCGCUACAACGGGAACCUUUAUCACCGAGCGUUGAAGUGUUUGGAAAACCGCUUUGGAAAACCUCAUAUCGUAGUCCAAGCCCAUCUUGAUAAGCUUUCGAAAGUGGCACCAGUUGCGGAGGACGACGCUCGUAGUGUUUCAGCAUUCUCCACCGUAAUUAACAAUAUUGUUUGGACAUUCCAGGACCUGGGCUACCUAGAUGACUUGAAAGCUGCGAGCAACGUCAAGUCUGCCAUUGAGAAACUACCAUCGCCCAUGAUUUUGAAAUGGAACGAACAUUUAAUACGAAAUAAGAUCAUACGCCCCACGCUGAUUACCCUCGGAGAUUGGUUGCAGGAACAAUCUGAAGCCUACGAACUAUUGCCCACGAAGCCAAAACCAAAGUUUGCUGGAAAAGCCGGAGUGGAUAGACAACGACGAAGACGAGACGACCCCCCUGCCAACUCGUACGCCACCCACGAAGGUGAACGGCCAACAACGCCUUGCUUGUUUGAAGACGGCAAUCACCCAGUUUCUUUAUGCCCGAAGUUCGCAGCACUUACCCCCGACGAACGAGCCGAAGCUGUCAAAGAGAAGAACCUUUGCUUUCGUUGCCUGAAAGGUGGUCAUCGUAUACGCGAUUGUCGAUCGCAGAAAUCUUGUGGUGUCGACGGCUGUCAAAAGAAACAUCACGAACUAGUCCACCUAGCAAAACAAGUCUUCGGAAAGGGAGACGCCAACCAACAUGUUAAAUUUUCGCAUUCCCAGCGCCAAUCGCAAGUUCUCCUUCAAGUUGUCCCUGUAACGCUUCACGGGCCGGCCAAGACCGUGAGAACUUAUGCAAUGUUAGAUUUAGGGAGCACUUGUUCUCUAAUACAAAACGAUAUUGCUAAUGAACUUGGUUUGGAUG